AUGGAGAAACCUGAGGAAUCCCGUCCCGUGGAGAAACGGUGGAAAUGUGACUACUGUGGGAAAGGCUUCUGUGUCCCGUCUGCCCUGGAGAUUCAUUGGCGUAGUCACACCGGGGAGAAACCGUUCUCCUGCCCCGAAUCCAACCUGCUGACCCACCAGCGGGUUCACACAGGGGAGAGGCCCUUCAGCUGCCCUGAGUGUGGGAAGGCCUUUACCCAGGCCUCCAACUUGCUAACCCACCGGCGGAUCCACACGGGGGCGAGGCCGUUCUUCUGUCCCAAGUGUGGGAAAGCCUUCAUCAAUUCCUCCAACCUGCUGACCCACCAGCGGGUCCACACAGGGGUGUCGCCCUUCAGCUGCCCAGAGUGUGGAAAGGCCUUUACCCAGGCCGCCACCCUGCUCACCCACCAGCGUGUCCACACAGGGGAGAGGCCCUUCAGCUGCCCUGAGUGUGGGAAGGCCUUUACCCAGGCCUCCAACCUACUGACCCACCGGCGGAUCCACACGGGAGAGAGGCCCUUCAGCUGCCCAAAGUGUGAGAAGGCCUUCAGCCAUUCCUCUGCUCUGCUGACCCACCAGCGGAUCCACACAGGGGAGAG